GGGACCCCGGAUCAGCCGGGGACCAGGUUCCACGUGGUCCUGGGGAACGAAGCGUGUGACGUGGACUCCAUGGUGUGUGCUCUGGUCUACGCCUACUUCCUGUCCAAGACGGGGGACCCCGGGUCCCGGCCCGUCCCGGUCUUGAACAUCCGUCGGUCUGAGCUGUCCCUGCGUCCCGACGCCGUCUUCCUGCUGCAGCAGCUGUCUCUGUCCCCAGACCUGCUCCUGUUCAGGGACCAGCUGGACCUCCGGGCCCUGGUCCACGCCGGGCGCCUGGCGCUCACGCUGGUGGACCACAACGUCCUGCCCAGUGCCGACAGCGACCUGGAGGGGGCGGUGGUGGAGGUGAUCGACCACCACCGGCUGGAGAGGGAGCCCUCCCCUUCCUGUCCUGUUACCGUGGAGACGGUGGGGUCCUGCGCCACGCUGAUAACGGAGCGGAUCCUCCAGAAGGCUCCGGAGGUCCUGGACCUGCAGUCGGCUCACCUGCUCUAUGCGGCGGUGGUCCUGGACUGUGUGAACAUGGCCCCCUCUGCGGGGAAGGUGACCCCUAAAGACGAGGAGCUGGCGGCGGCGCUGGAGGUUCGGUUCCCGGCGUUGCCGCGCCGCGCCGAGCUGUUCGACCGGCUGCAGCACGCCAAGUUCAACGUCUCCGGCCUGGACACGGAGCAGAUGCUGCUGAAGGACAUGAAAUCUGUUUCUGGAGUUCUGAACGUGGCCGUCCCUGUUCUCUACGUCUCACUGGAG